CUGAUGUCGUAGUGACGUAAUUUAUGGAUGGUGUGGUCAGGUGGGGGUUAGGAUUGACACGUGGAAAAAUUGUUAUGCUACGCCCACUAGAACUAUGUUAGAUACGAAACUACAUGAGACCCAAAAAGCGUAAGCUAACUAGAUUUUAACUAGUACAGUGAUGUAAAUCAUCUCCACUCUACAGCUUCGAAGUUCGAACUAGUCAGCAUUUGCAAUUACUGAAUUAGGAUCGUGCGCUAAAAAGCACCAUGUCAGAUGAGGUGCUAUCCGUCACCGUUACAGCUCCCACUAACAUCGCAAUUGUGAAAUAUUGGGGAAAACGUUGUACGAAAUUCAACUUGCCAAUCAACUCUUCCUUGAGUGCUACUUUGAGUCAAGACCAAUUAAAAACUACAACAAGAAUUGAAACAUCACCUACUUUUGAAGAGGAUGAGGUUUGGCUACAUGGAAAGGAGCAAGAUAUUCAAAAAAAUCAAAGACUCCUCAACUGCUUCAACAAUAUUCGUAGACUUGCCAGAAAACAAGCAAUAUCUGGAGGUGAAGGAUCAGCAGACCAGAUUAAAUUUUACAGUCAAAAGGUUCAAGUUCAUACCGAAAACAAUUUUCCUACAGCUGCUGGCUUAGCAUCUUCUGCUUCAGGCUAUGCAGCGCUUGUAUUCGGACUUGGGACGUUGUUUAAAGUUCAGGGAGAUUUGACAUCAAUUGCUCGUCAAGGUUCUGGAAGUGCUUGCAGGAGCUUACAUGGUGGAUUUGUUGAAUGGCAGAUGGGGGAACAGUCGGAUGGUGAAGACUCUAUCGGUGUGCAGAUAGCACCAGAAUCUCACUGGCCUGAACUACGGAUCAUUGUACUAGUUGUAAAUGAUGCAAGGAAAAAAGUUGGCAGCACUGAAGGAAUGCAAUCCAGCGUUCAGACUUCUACUUUACUUCAAUAUAGAUCAGAAAAAAUUGUAGAUGAGCGAAUAAAACAAGCGAAGAGAGCAAUUAUUGACAAAGAUUUUUCUCUGCUUGCGGAAAUAAUCAUGAAAGAGAGCAAUCAACUUCAUGCUGUCUGUCUGGACUCCUUUCCCCCUCUGCAUUAUUUGUCGAACGAAUCCCACACAAUAAUGGAUUUAGUGCAUGCGUAUAACAAAGCCACUGGUUGCACAAAGCUAGCAUAUACGUUUGAUGCAGGUCCCAAUGCUUGCUUAUUUACAAUGUCUACUUUUGUUAAUGAGGUUGCAUGGUUAAUUGAACAUUAUUUUCCAGUGGAAAAUGAAAUAAGAUUUUCAGAGGGUUGGAAGUUGAUCCUGUAUCACCAGGAGAUGAAGUUCUCAAUAACUGGACAUGGAGAUUAA